AUGUGACAGGUUUACUAAGUAGGUGACUGUACCAUCAUUAAAAUUCUAGAAUCGCCUUUCCACCUCUCCUCAGUUUUGUAACCGCUACGCAGAGAAACGCACGUACGCGGCUGUAUGUGCAGUGCCGUAGUCACAAUAUUUUUUAAAAAUUACGACUGUUUUGGCGCGAGUUCAAGAAUAUUAAAAAGUUAUGGAGUGCUUAAGGAUUGUAUUGGUUACGCUCGUCCUAGUCCUCAGCCUGCUCAUCUCGGCAGAUUCUACAGUUCCCCAGCCAAGGGCCCCUAACUUCCAGUAUUUUGAGAGGCCUAAAUACCGAUAUCCGUACUACGACGAGAACGGACGAGGAAAGCUUCUCUACGGCUACGGAGGCCCGGAGCUGUACCAGUACAAGUCCUAUUCGCCCUUGGAAGGGAUCCAUUGACACACAAAUAUACUCAAGUGUCACGUUCCACGGCAAAUGGUACCUU